ACCCCACAAAAUAACACCCAUGAAACUGCCCAGGCCAUUAAAGGUAUGCAUACCCUAAAAGCCACCAAGUAUCUGAAAGAUGUCACCUUACAGAAGCAAUCGUGUUACAAUGGUGGAGUUGGUAGGUGUGCCCAAGCCAAACAGUGGUGCUGGGCACAGGGUCAGUGGCCCAAAAAGAGUGUUGAAUUUUUGCUUCACAUGCUUAAUAAUGCAAAGAGUUAUGAUGAACUUAAGGGUUUAGAUGUAGAUUCUCUGGUUAUUGAGCAUAUCCAGGUGAACAAAGUACCCAAGAUUCACUGCCAUACUUAUAGAGCUCAUGGUGGGAUGAAACCUUAUGUGCACUCCCCCUGCCACAUCCAAACGAUGUUUACUGAAAAGAAACAAAUUAUUCCUAAACCAGAAGAGGAGGCUGCACGGAAGAAAAAGAUAGCCCAGAAGAAACUGAAAAAACAAAAACUUAUGGUUAGAGAAUAA